CAACGUCAGAUUUUUAAUAGAGGCAGUUGAAGGGCUAAAAGAGGGGUAUUUAUAGGGAUAAACUAUGAUAAAAUCACUUGUAAGAAUAAAUAGAAUACAAAAAUUUCCUGGUAUUCGUUUUUUUGCCUUUUUUUUCCGAGAAAAAUCGACUAAAAAAAGAAAACGAGAUUUUGUAUUAACACCUAUGCCUAAUGUACUUCCAUUUCCUAUGGCAUUACGAUAUCUUCGAGCAUCUGAAGUAGGAUGGCCUAAUAGAUCAUCAACAAUUGAGGUUCAUCUUCGUUUAUUUCGAAAAAAACGAGCAUUGCCUUUAAAAGGUCAAUUAAUGCUUCCAUUUCCUAUUAGACCAGGACUUAGGAUUUGUGUAAUCUCAGAAGGGCAUUACACACAAGAGGCAAUUGAUUCAGGCGCAGUUAUUGCAGGAUCAGAUGAAGUUAUUAAAGAUAUUAUACAAGGUCAUAUUAAUUUUGAUAUAUGUAUUGCCCAUAAAGACUCAAGUCAUCUUCUUGAGAAAAUUUCAGGAGUUCCAGGUUCAAAGAAUUGGAUGCCAAGUGUCAAAAAUGGUACUAUAUGUACAGAUAUAGGUAAAGCAGUUAAAAUAAAAAUGAAUGGUAUAGAUUUUCAAGAGAAAAAUGGGGUAAUUCGAGUUCCAAUAGCAAAAGCAUCUUUUAGUGAUUCAGAAAUACGUUCUAAUUUACUUUUAUUUCUUGAGCAUAUUGGAGUUAUUAGAAAAAAGGAAGUGAUAAAAAGCAAAUCACCUAUUGCUGAAAUAGUUUUGUCUUCGUCCCAUGGCAUGGGAAUCAUAUUAGAUCCACAUUCGAUUUUAUAAAAUAAUGUUUUAUUUUAUUUUACAUAAUUGAUAACAUGCUUUUUGUGAUGCGUCGAUCUCUCUAUAUAUUUGAAGAACUUUUAACAAGUUUUCUAUCUGUGAAGUAUCUUUCCUAUAUUUAUGAAGAGUUGAAGCUAAAUAAUCAAAAAAAUUAUUUUGUACAAUUUGGAUUUUUUCCUUUCUUUUUUCUAUAAAUGGAUGCUGUAAUGGAACAAGUGAUAAAUAAUAUUUAAGUGAUAUAUAGGAUUUUGCUGCUUGUUGCAAAAUUAUUAUAUCAACACUUAAUUAUAUUAAUUUUAAGAAAUUAUAUAAAUAAAUACAUACUCAUCAAAUUUCCUUGAAUCUAUACACAGAAGAUUUUCCAUAUCUUCGAUCAUCAUGUUAAUAUUUAAUAGAUUUGUAGCAAGUGCCUGUAA